UGUUGUGGUCACCGGUAGACGAGCCGAUAGAGUGUCAGCAGUGGCCAAAGAGUGUCUCAAAGUAUCGCCGAAACAGUCGAAAGCACUGGAAGUGGUGGCGGAUGUGACUAAACCGGAAGACUUGCGACGACUUGUUGACACAACUGUCAAACACUUUGGAAAACUCGAUGUUUUGGUCAAUAACGCCGGCGCCGGUAUUACCGCUAGCAUCAGUGAUAAGGAUUUUUACGAUAAAUUUCAAAAAGCUAUGCAAAUAAAUCUCAAUUCUGUGGUCUAUUUAACGCAUAUAUGUGUCGAGCAUUUGGAGAAAACAAAGGGAAAUAUAGUCAACAUUUCAAGUGUCGCCGGUAUGAGAGCUAUGACGGCUUUUAGUCCCUAUAGUGUGGCGAAGUGUGCUCUGGAUAUGUUCACCAAAUGUAUGGCCGCGGAGUUGGGACCCAAACGUAUCCGCGUUAAUGUCAUCAAUCCUGGUCCAAUUCGCACUGAAUUUGGGAUAGCAAUGGGAAUACCACAGGAAGUCUCGGAUAAAUUAUUGGACGCUUAUAAAAAUCUGACCAUGGUAGGUCGGGUAGGUGUGUCCGAGGACGUGGGCGACUCCAUACUAUACCUGGCCAGUGACCAUGCUGCAUUUGUAACUGGCACCAAUCUGAUCGUGGAUGGGGGUGUUCUUGCGGCUAAUAAUAUGAAUUCAAAUGCUCUUAAAGACUUGAUUGACCAUGCUGCUUUUGUCACGGGCACUAACCUGGUGUCAGAUGGGGGACAGACCGCCGCUAAUGCUCUGAAUGCUGACAUUCUUAAGGAUGUGCUCUAA